AUGGAUCCAGCACAACUUUUAGUUACUCAAAAUCGUGCAUUUCCAUCAUUAGAAUAUGUACUUCAAGGCAGUAUUCAAGAUGAUUCUGUUCAUUUACUUAAAGCCCGUUUACAGGGACUAUGUGAUAAUAUUACUGGCGAAGUCGAACAAUUCGAUGAUCAUGAGAUAGUAUAUACUCUUCGAAUUCCUAGUGCAUCGAAUGUAUCAUUACGCGUUCGUUAUGCACUUGAUGAUUUACCUAAUCCAAUAUAUCAUUUACGUUAUGUUGCUUCGGCUGAAUUAGAUAAAAGUCAAAGUGUUAGUGUACGACAAUUUCAUGAUUGCUGUGUAACAAAAAAUAUUCAAUCAUUUUUACAAGAACUUGGUUUUAUUUAUGAUUAUGAAUUUUAUGCCAAAGGUGAUAUUUUUCGAAAAGGAAGAAUGAAAAUAACAGUGGCUAAAAUUUCAACUGUAAAUAUUAUUAAACUGUUUUCUGUUUGUUUUACUAAUAUUGGAUUUCUUUUUGAUAUCAGAGUUGGAAUCGUUCUAAAUGAAAAUGAUUUAUUAUUAUUAAAUGAUAAAUGUAGUCAAAUAGUUGAUUCAACUAAAGAUGAUAUACAAAAAUGGUCAAAAGAAGGUACUUAUGCAUCAUUUGUAUGUGAUCAAAUGAAAAAGUUACCCAUUGAUCAUACUGAACGUGUAAAAUGUGCAUCGAAAAUUCUUUAUUUGCAUUAUCUUAUUGCUUUUUUUAAACGUUCAAUAUUUAAACGAUUAUCUGGAAAACCAUUUCCUGAUGAUGCACCUCGUGCUUUACAAGAUAAGGCUUUACGUGUCUAUGCUAUUGCUAAUAUUAAUGAACGUACACGAAAACAAGACAAUACUGUACCACCUCGUCUUCGAUUAAAAUUAACUGCACAUAUAUGCAUCUUAGCCUUAUAUAUGUGUCGCUUUACGGUAGAUAUCGAUAGUCUACGUUUAUCGCUGGGCAGUUCGAUAGCAUUAUCAAAAUUACAAGAUAUAUUCACUGAACUUGGUUGCAAAAUAAUAAAAGUAGCGAAUACUAGUGUUGCUACACUUGAAACACCAAUAAAUAAACCAAAAUUAAAAGAUUCAUUGUCUCUUGGAUCGAAUAGAAAACGAAAAAGAACAACUUAA